GCCCCGCUUUAACUGCAAUGUCCUCCGAAGAAAGCUUUCAUUCUAGGCUGUGUUUCCAAGCAGAGUUGUUUAGGAGAAGCCAAUUGAGCUGAGGAGAGGGUGAGAGCAACCACGGAAGAAGAGGAGGGGGAUCAUCUCCCUCGGAUAGAAAUCUAGGGAGUCGACUGUCAGCGGUCUACAUUAGUGACUAAAUCGUGUUCACCUCACCCCACACCUGACAAAAAAUGGCUGUACGCGUGGACCCGUGGACCCGUGGCGCCAGCUUAGGGCUGGUCGUAUUGACCCUGGUCGCUAUGGCAACAUCACAGGCUGCAGCCGAGUUUACGGUGUCCUGUGCGAGGUAUCCCAUCACGCCAAACUGCACCUUCAUCGGACAAGACGUCGUCUACGUGUGCGUAAUCCGUGGGGCCGGCCAUGACUUGACCGUGUCCUAUCCCAAAACGCCCCGGUUCACGUCGCCCCAGUUCCAUUACCGCCUCCGCUCCAGAGCGGCCGAGGGCGGCGAAGACCUCCAUUUCGUCUUUAAAAACGUCAGCCUCGCUAACAACGAACCCGAAUACUGCUUGGGAGCCACUAGUGGAAAUGUCCAGAGGAGGUCGUGCUUCAAAGUCUCAGUCUGCGUGCCAAACAUCCUGAACUGCAGACGUACGGGAACUGCCGCAAGCGAGAACUGCACCCACGCAGGCAAGGACGCCAAGUUCCAGUGCACCGCCCGCGGUCCCGGUCUUGAAGUGGAGGUGUCGCAUCUCGUUACCAGCAAGGCUCGCAUACACGAGGUGCCCAACGGAGAGGACAUCGCGUUUGUCUUUCCUAACAUCAGUAAUAGCGACCACAGUCAAGAAUACUGCUUUCUGGCCACAACUACUAACGAGAAACAAGUCUGUUGUUUCACGCUGGCAGUCUGCACACCAAAACAAUGGACCUACCUGCCAGCAUCAGUGGGAGUAUUCAGCCGGUCUUCUAUUGCAAAACAAGACAAAAUCUAUACUUCCUACGAGGAUGCAUCUAGCCACUGUUCCACUAUCGGUUACUACCUGGCGACGAAGGAGAUGAUAUCUGAUUGGAGCGGAGUUCUCCAGAGCGAGUACACGUCCAUUGGGAAGAACUCUAGCGGUCCGUACUAUGUUGCCAGCUCAGCAGCCGGCCCUACCGUUGUCAGCAUAUCUGCGGAGGGUGUCGCUACGUUUACCGUUGCCGAUCCAGCAAAACACUACCGGGCUCUCUGUUUCGUCUUAUGCAAUAAUGGAUUCUUGGACACGUCUACAUCCAGUGUUCCAGUAUGCAGGUGUCUACCUGGCUGGCUUGGCAAGCGAUGUGAAAAGCGUGCCAUGGCCUCUGUUUUAGGCCAAACCAUCACGUUAUGGCUAGCACCAGCGACUGCAGGCUGCACGCCAAGCGACCAAACCCCGAAGCAAUGCGCCGGAAAUGGCCGCGCCGUCUGGAAAGAUGCCCAGGCGGCAUGCGCUGCCUGGUCAAUGGACAUUGCGAGGAAGGUAUUGAUGAACAGCAUAGCCGGCAUGGCGUUCCAUCGACUGGCCACGGACCUUUUCAUGGGCGGAUAUCACGAGCAGAUGACCGUCUGGCUCAACAGCAGCAGCGACGCCAAAUACCUGUACAGCCUUGGUCGGCAGAACUUGCAGCCGAGAUUCACCAUGCCCAAUCCUGUUGUCGUCGGCAACGCAGCCAGUGAUGUCAUCUGUGAAGCUACCUGGAGGCACACACUGGUUGGAAACAUGAGACAGUCACGCGUGGCGCUCAAAUCCGCAUCAAGCUUAGGCAGCGGUAGCCUGUGGAUGGUCCCCAUGCUCUGCUCGGCCAUCAACAUGACCAUACCGACAGUGGUCGAAGGCGGAGACAACCACGCUAGCCUGUUUACACAAGCUUUGGGAAAACUCGGUGUCAAGGUGCCAUUUUUCGUCCCGGUCAAGGUCAACGAUGGCUCGAUCAGGAUUGCCAAGGUCAGAUCGUCAGGAAGGGUCGGAUUCCUGAAUCCUAAACCGAACAAGCAGUACAGUCCUGUCUGCAUUCGAGUGUGCGCAAUGGGUCAAUAUGUGGACUCUACGAAUCAGUGUAUAACGCACGCAUAACAGAUUCAUUAAGCCAACCAGUUGCUGUCGUCUGCAGCCACACCUCAUUGGCUUCCCGUCCUUAUCUGUGCUUUCUCUUUCUCCCCGUGAUUGGCUGCGCUCUUCCUUUCAAUCCAUUCUUGUCUGUGCUCUUCCUUUCAAUCCGUGAUUGGCUGCACCUUUUCUUUUAACCCAUGUUUUCUUUGCUUUCUCUUUCAAUCCUGCCCUUCGCAGCAGGAACGAUGCAAUUAAAUUAUAUUGUUUUUUUGCUGGUAUUUUGUUCAAUACGAUUAUUUCAGGAAGAGGGUGGUGAGUAGGCAUGGGCAGGUAAUGCUAGCAUAAUGGCUGGCAUUAUAGUCCACUUUUUCCAGGUGGUAUAAUGCUGGCAUUGUAACACCAUUUCGCAUGCAAAAUUGGCAUUACAAGCAUAAUUGCCGGUCGACAACGGUGUCAUGCAUGAAGCUGGCUAAGUCCAGUUCCGAAAAUCGUGCAUCUGAACCUGUCCGGCUUCGUCCGGAGACUUGACGUUGCAAAUCAACCUUCUCAGUGGAUUGUUUCAGACGAUAUGCUCACUGCUGUUUUUAGUUUUUUUCUUCUACGCUUUGGCCUUGAUCCAAGACGGCCUUCUUAAAUCGACUUUUCCAACUUUCAAACUGGCAUUAUGGAGUAGUGUGAGCAUUAUAAGCGGCAUUAAUAAUAAUACAGCACGCAUAUAGCUCAUAUGAAAAAUCAAAUGAGGGUCAUGCAUCUGUCGACAACGUCGAGCCAGUGCGUUCUGUCUGAGGCAAGUUGCUCCGCUUCCAAAAGAGACAUAUUGAGAAGUAAAAGGUCAU